AUGGGGUGUGCACCAUCACAAAGUGAAAUAAUACAGCACCUUGCAAAAAAUACUUUUAAACCUCUAAAGAAAGCCAAGGCCCGGUCAUCUGUGGACAGAACGCCUGCUAAAAGCCAACCCACCUCGAUCAGUGGAGGUUCGGGAAUCUCUGACAGUGAAUCGAACCGUUCCGAGGAUGUGCCAGAGGAUACCAGAGCUUCCAGGAAUAAAGUUUCACACCAAGAGGGGAGGGGCCGAUGCCAGAAGGUGCCUGCAUCGGAGGUGCCCGCAGUCCAGUCUGUAGUUUACAAAGAAACCAAUGGAGAAAAACAGGCAACUAGCACCAAGGUGCAAAUAUUGGAGGUUGUCGGUUCACAUGUAUGUGCUUCCCAGGACAUGCAUGUUGAGAAAAACCACAAAGACUGCGAUCAGUCCAACGACAGCAACACAGCGCAGCAAACCAAGAGAAACAAGAAAAAGGGUCGUCAUGCUGUCAAGCGAACAAAGAGCGGCAAGUUGAGGUCAAGAAGCCAAACUAGAGGCGAAGAUGAAAAAGUAAACUUUCCCACAUCGAUGGUUGAAGCCCAUCAUGCAGCGUAUGCUUAUCUCAAUCCUACCCUUUCCAAGUACGAUGCCAUCCUGAGUCUAACUGAUCAGGCCACACAAACUCAGCUGACGUUUCAACAGAUGAUGAGUUUCCUGACCCUGCGCUUUGAGGAAAUCAACCAAAUGCUAGAAGAAAUAGCUGCUGAAGGAGAGAAGCUGGUCAGAGACAUUGGCCCUCAUCUCACAUGGUCUGCUGGGAAAGGAGAACUGAAAGAGCAGCCCGACCUCUUGCAACAGUUGUUGCUUUACACCGUCAACAAGAUGCAGACGACCAAUGAAAUAGUGACCUCCUUGACUACCACGGUCCUGCAGGAAACCAGCGACUACCUGCAAAGUGCUACAAACAUUUUUCAAAAGAGGCUGAUGGCGAAACAGCAUGUGGAUGAGAGGCUGCAGCAAUUGAUUUAUCAACUGGGGGCUUGCACGCUGCAAAAGGCCCACACCGAACCCAGAGACACGGCCCUUUAUUCUGUGGACAGUGGCAUUUGUGUAGAUACAGAUUCCACAAAGGAAUGUUGCACACUGAAGGAACACUGUAAAUGUAACAAGAGAACUAGCUGCGAUUCCAGCGCUCACCUUUCGUGCAAGGGCUCCAUUCCACAUUCUUCUUCCACGAACCCAGCACAAACGUCGUCCUGCUCCUCAAAUUCUCAACACUGUGCAGUGGAUCAUCAUUGCAAAGGAUCAUCUUGUUCACCUCCCGAGAAGACAGCUUCCUGCUCCCGUCUCUGUGGAUCAACAUCCAGUGCUUUAUUGAGGCAGAACAGGUCCCUGGAGUCGUUCACCAGCGUUGAAUGCGACGCCUUGGCUCACGGGGAAUCGCUAGACUUUUGUUCGCUGGGCGAAGAUGGGGAAGAAAGCGAAUCGGACUCCAGCUCCCCCGGCAGCCCGCAGAGGCCUUGGUCGUCGCCUGCACAAACAACAGUGGCGCGGCCCACCCUGAAAAGGAUAGAGAAGCCAGAGAAUGAGGAAAUGACCAUCAAGAUCAGAGACGCCAUCAGCCACAGAAUCCAGUUCGUGCCCACCCCCUCGGCCUCGCAGGUGUGGUCGGACGAUGAGGGCAGAGCGUUGCCGGCGAGGCCCAGCAGUGCGGGGUGCCUGAGGAAAGACGGGCCGAGGAAGCGCCGCUCCAGGUCGGCCGAGUCGCUGCGCAGCAAGGCCGAGGAUGCCACCCUGCUGGAGCUGCAGAGGACGCAGCAGGUGCUGGGCCGGAGGCUGGACAAGAUGCAGCGGCCCGAGGGUGGGCCCGCUCGCCGCGAGGCAGCGGGGAAUAUAGCUGGCCCCCGCCUUACGGACAGUCCUGACCACACCCAGACCCGCGUUACGGACAGUCCUGACCACACCCAGACCCGCGUUACGGACAGUCCCCGCGUUACGGACAGUCCUGACCACACCCAGACCCGCGUUACGGACAGUCCUGCCCACACCCAGACCCGCGUUACCGGCAGUCCCCGCGUUACGGGCAGUCGGGACCGCGUCAGCCCCCGCCUUACGGACAGUCCUGACCACAUCCAGACCUGCGUUACGGACAGUCCCCGCAUUACGGACAGUCCUGACCACACCCAGACCCGCGUUACGGGCAGUCCCCGCGUUACGGGCAGUCGGGACCGCGUCAGCCCCCGCCUUACGGACAGUCCUGACCACACCCAGACCCGCGUUACGGGCAGUCCCCGCGUUACGGGCAGUCGGGACCGCGUCAGUCCCCGCGUUACGGACAGUCCUGACCACACCCAGACCCGCGUUACGGGCAGUCCCCGCGUUGCGGGCAGUCGGGACCGCGUCAGUCCCCGCGUUACGGGCAGUCGGGACCGCGUCAGUCCCCGCGUUGCGGACAGUCGGGACCGCGUCAGUCCCCGCGUUACGGGUAGUCCGGCCCCAAGCGUCGCCAACACCAAGCUGAGGGCCUCCCUACACCGGGGCUUCAACGUGCUACCCAGCCCGGAGAGGGGAGCCGGCGGCUCGGUGCAGGGGCUCAUCGGCAGCUUCAGCGCCGCCGGAUCCCCGCCGCCGCCGCCUCCUCCAACCUCCCGCCGGCCCAGCGCACCCACCUUGCCCUCGGCGCCGCCUGUUGCUCGCAAGAAGCAGCGGGCCAGCAGCGCCCCGGCCGCCGCCGCCGCUGGAGGUGGUGCCAGUGCCGCCGCCCUCCCCGGGGCCGGGCCGUCGCUGCCAACGGCCGCCGACACCUUCCCGCCGCCUCCCACGGCCCUCGAGCUGUCCGGCGCCUUGGCGCCCGCGCCCUGCUGCACAUGCGCGGUCACGGCAGCGAGGGUCGGGCGCGCAGGCGCGGUCGCGGACGCCGGCUCCCGCUCCCCGCAGGGCGCAUGCGCGUCAACGGACGCCGCCGGCACGUGCGCGGCGACUGACGGCGCAGGCGCGUCGGGCCCCGUUGCCAUGGCGACGGUGACGCGCCGACUGAUGACGCGCCUGGAGCCGGCGGCCCUGCUGCCCAGCAGACUCGGCCCCAGCCCCAGCCCCGGCCCCCAGUCCCAGGCCCGCUCCCUGUCCCAGACCCAGACCCAGACCCAGACCCGCCCGGCCGGGGCGGCGGAGCCUCAGCACCGCUCCAAGGCCCCGGGCCCGCUCCACCACUGGCAGCCCUACAAAAUCAUCAACCUGCGCUACGCCGGAGACUGCCCGCCCACUGUGGCCUCCUCCCCUCCUCCUCCUCCUCCUCCUCCUCCCCCAGACCGCAGGGGAGGGGACGCGGGUGGAGCAUGGACUGCCUUCACCCCGGCCGGACGCACAGUGCCCUCGCCUCCCCUGAAGAGACCGCCACUGCCCACCAACUCAACCCAGCCAUAUGUCCAGUUCACCCAUCCAUCCAUUGGCUUAACCCCACCCUCUGUCAGCUCCGCCCAGCUAUCCGACGACUCACCUCAUCAAUCUGUCGACUCAGCGAGUGCAUCCGUGAGCUCAGCCCACCCUGCUGUCAACCCGAUCCAAGGAUCUGACAACCUCACCCACCAAUCUGACAACCUAGCCUGCCAGCCUCUCAACUCGAUCCAGCAAGCAGACCGCUCGAUUGUCAGCAGCCCUUCGAUCGUCAAGGAAAUGUCCCCAAUAAAGCUUGUAUCUCAAGCGCAUUCAUUGGGUAGGAAGCCCGCCAGUCUGCCUUCUCAACUGAGGUCGUCUUUUCAAGCAAUCGGACUCCCGCCUCCCUUACCUACUGGCAGUGAGAAAAGAUUUGCAAGCCCACCUUUGCCGCCUAAAUCCCUAUUCCGACCUAUUGGCUAUACAACACCAUCCCCUUCUGCUGGGAGGAGGUGUCCAGAAGCAGCCCGGGAAGCCAAGCCCUUGCCUCACGUUCACACCAACAGACAUCCAAGCCCACCAAGAGUUAGUAAGCAGCAGACUCCGCCGGCCAGCCCGACAAGAUCCUGUCCACUCACGGUAAAGAAGCUGCCUAGUCCUCCGGCCCAUCGGAAGCUUCCAAGUCCACCGACACAGCAGAAGCAGACCAGCCCGUUCCUGCACCGUAAGCUGCCAACCCCACCAACCAGCUCCAGGCAAUCAGGCUCAGCUUCAUGUACCAGCAACUCUUCUCCGCCCAUCUCACCGGUAUUGUUCCGGAAAGGGUCCAAUGACCAGUCUGAGGAUGACUUAGACUCUCGGAGGUCUGGGAGAAAUGGAUCCAAUGCUUCAUCCAUAUUCUGUCAAUUGUCUAACUCAAUUUUCGAGGCUAAGCCAUCUUCUUUGAACAGUUUCGGCGCAGCAGACACAAGUGGCCAAUUGCCAAACGUCCUUCCGGGAGAUGGUAGCCCGAUGAUGUCAAGAGCAGCGUGGAGGAACAAUUUUAUGCUCAAAAAGCCCGGAGAUCGGCAGAGAAGGUUGACCCUGAGUGGUGUCCACCCCCAGCCUUUUGUUAAGAGGAAUUAUCUAUUCGAUAGUAAACCUGGGACCCAGAAUAGACGGUGUGUAUCAACUACUGCUGGAAGUGAACCAGCACUACACAGCAUUGGUUUAGAUGGAAGUCCUGAGAGUGAGGGCGAUCCGUGGACGGGAUAUUACCUUUCCGAUCUGAGAAGCCCCAACCGGUCGGUCUCCCACCCAGAACUCUGCGUCGUUGGCCAGAGGCUCCAGUGA